AUGCUUCAAAUAGCCAGAAGAAGUUUACCUAUUUUCCCGAGGAAGCAAUGCGGUAUUGGCUUUUCCUUUGCCAGGUUUGCUUCCAAUGCGGCAACUGGCGUCAACUCAAGCCAACCCAUUAGUGGCGAUGUUAACAUCAAAUCAGAGGCGAACAGGUUGGAAAAGACUCUUACGAAGUUUUGGGACAAGGUAGAAACUAGCUUCAAUAAGAAAACCCAAUCUUUUGAAACCCACCUUGAUGGGAAGGCUCUCAAGACUCCUCUCGGCAAUAUACUUUCUGUUCCAGCCAAUAAGAAACAGUUGGCGUAUUUAGUUAGCCAUGAGUGGGAAAACUUGAUUGAUUUGAAGAUAAAACCUAACUCAUUGCCAUUAACUUCCAUGGUAGCUCGUGCCACAGACUUAGGUAUUGUGUUUGGUUCUGAAGAAGUGGAUAAAGAUUUGGUGACCAAAGUCGGCGAUUUGCAAGAUAUCAAAUAUAACAUCUUGCGUUACUUGGACACAGACACCUGCUUGAUUUUCACCACCUUGGAUGAGUACGAGGGUCGCUUGAGAAACAAGCAGGAAGAGUUGUAUAGACCCUUGAUCGAGGAAUUUGAAUCUUAUUUCACUGAAUUCGGCAGAAAGAAAGAUUUGCUUCCAUCUCCUGACCAUAAAGUUGAGUUGACUUACCUUGAUUGUGAGACUGAUGGUAUUAGAGGUAAUAGUCAAACUAUCACCACCCAGAAUAUCGUAUUGCUGUGGUUGGACAGUUUACCUAUCUACGACCUUGUUGCUUUAGAGAAAGCUGUUCUUUCGUCAAAGUCUUUUUUGUGUGGUGCUGCUAUUGUCAGAUCGAAUGCAUCGGAUUCGCAGAUUCAAUCGGAACUAUACCAAGUGAAUAAGGCGAAUGAGGCAGAAUACUUCAAGAAGUCUGUUGAGGAAAUCGUUGAGAUGGGAAACUUAGAAACAAUAUUCCAAACCCAAGAAUGGGGUGAAGUUGAGGAUACCCAUGAUGUUGAUAAUGCUGAUUGGUUGAGAAGUCUAUCCUCUGCUGCACUUGUUUGUCGUUAG